CAACAUUCUUGAUCACUUGCACGCACUUCGGCACACGAAACGGACACUCUCACACGGAGCGAUACGGCCUACAGACUGCGUAGCCGUCACCAGCGACCGAAAAACCGGCCCAUCUCAGACUCUCCGCCGUUCCCACCUCACCCGACCACCUCCCCCUCCUCCACAAUGGUCCGCCUCGGCGCCAUCAACAACCUGACCCGCUCGGUCCCCGUGCCGGGCUACAACCACUUCCUGACGCCGCUGCGCAAGAUCGUGUUCGACUAUGACGCCGAGUCGCCUGCGCAGGCUGGUCUGCGCGACUACCUCGCCCGCCCCCUCCUCUCCAUGGCCAAGGCCAACCCCGACAUCGAGGUCGUCGUGCGCAAGUUGAAACGCGGCAAGGCGGGCGUCAUCCGCGGGCACUACACCAACGGCCGGGACAAGGUCAUCUGCGUCAACAACCUCAAGGACCACGAGGUGGCCAAGAAGGUCGACCUGGUGCUCAACUCGUCGGGCGCGAAGAUCAAGAACCUCAAGAACAGCACCCUUGAGGCUGGUCCUGGCGGCGAGGCAGCGCGUGGUAUCUGGUCGGCUCUGCAUGAUGCGUCCAAGCAGGGCGGCGGAUACAGGAUAUAAGUGGAGAGGAGAUUCAUUGAGCAUUGCAUGCACCACUGCGG